CAAUGCAAGAAGUCCGAGCCGCUGCCUCGGAGAAGACCAAAGAAAAUUAUCAUACCACGGCGAGCGCCCUCCAUCGUCAUACCUCCGAGGAGAGUGGUGUACAUCACAGCGGAUAAAACUACGUGCACUGAAUGUCCAUGUUACCCUAAAGAGGAGCCUUAUAUGAAAAACAAAAAAAUCAAUCCAUGUCGGAAAUCGCCUCCGACGCUCUACGAUCUGGCGGCUGACGCUGUAGAUGGACUGAAUUACCCUCCAGCACUAUUGUGGUCAGAGCAGCAGGUCGCCGAGUGGGUGGCAGGGCUAGGACUGCCUCAGUACCAGGGUUGUUUCCUCAUGAACCAUAUAGAUGGUCUAAGGCUGAUGUUUUUUGAAAACCCAUCGCGCCUACCCGAAGUGAACAUACACGACUUUGAGCAUAUACUGCGGCGUCAAACUUUGCGCCGCUACAAAUCACUACACUGGGUGUUGAGGGAAGUGAAGAUUGAGGAAGAUAUAGACGGACAAGAGACGGAUGUGAUCUUCUUCGCUGCAUGA